CAAUAGUUGAAUACCACUGAUGAACUGUGGAAAGAAGCUAUUACAGCCAACAAAAUGGACAUAAACAGCACUUUAGCUCUUUUUUAUUUCUAACUGGGCUUUGUCUUCAGACUAAUGCAACCGAAUCAGCACAGGAAGAUGUCUUGAGAAACACUGAAAACAAGAAUGACAUCUUAGUUCUGGACAUUUUUUCUUCUGGACUUUUUUCUUCAGUUCACUGAAUUUUUCGGAUAUUCACGAUGAGAAUGAUUUUCUUUCAUCUGCUUCUCAUCACUGUUUCAAACAAAGAACGCUGUUAAUGCUCAAACAGAUACAGCCUCAAGUUCUUUUUGGGAAUUCGUUAAAUGAGCGCUUCAGAUUGAUGAUCAUAUGAUCAGCGACGUCUUUGUAUUACAGUAAAGUUUAUCGGGUGCUCACAGACGUUCUCCUAAAGUAGGAAAUUUGCUCUUGAGAUGCAUUGAUGGAACCUGGAAGACAGCCAGACAGAACAAGGGUCGGAUAAAAGAAACCACGGCAGCAAAACAGAGACAACAUUUUACUUUCCCCUAUGGGAGCAAACAAAAAUCUCCAGCCCAUUUCUUCUUCUUCAAACCGUCAGUAUCUUCAUCUGUUUAAACUCACAUUCGUAACUUUAAAAUGACUUGAGAGUAAUGUAACUUUGAUGUGAAUCACAGUAGUAAAGUACAUGUGUUGCAAUGAUGAAGCUUUUCAACGUGACUCAAGAGACUUCCUUGGAAAAUAUGAGGGAGAACUACAGAGUGACAACAGUGAGUCUAAUGCUUACAACCCCGGCCAUGACUGAAAAUGUUUUUGUGUCCAUGGGCUAUAUUCUUAGCGUGGGAUCCGUUUUGAUCAUCUCCACCAACCUUCUAGUAGCCAUUGCUCUGGUCCUUCUCAUCCACAAGAAGAGCUGCCAGAGCUGGUGCUUUGUCCUAUAUCUAGCCAUUGCUGACAUCCUAGUGGGCGUGGCUAUUACUGGCAUUGCCGCCGAUGCUCUUGAAGGCCUCACGGCCUCCGUGCGUAAAGGCAAGUGUUUGUUACGCAUGUGCUUCAUCAUUGCACCCUCCACUGCCUCGAUCCUCACCAUGUUCUGUAUCUCGCUGGACCGCUAUGUGGCCAUAAAGAUGCCACUGCGAUAUUCACAGCUAAUGAGCAAGAAGAUGGUCGUCGGGUCUUUGGUGCCCCUGUGGAUGAUCUCUGUUACUGUGGGUUUCUUGCCAUACAUUGUGAAACCAAUGCAACGAAAAGAUUAUGACAGAGUUUGCACGUUCUUCUCAGUCAUCGAGCCCCAGGGCAUCAUUGGGAUCUUCUGCUUGUUAUUCUUCCCUCUACUCUGUGUCUUCAUUUAUUUCUACAUGGACAUCUUGAAAAUCGCCUGCGGGCACCAGCAGCGCAUCUGCAGCAGGCAAGCAGGUUCGAGGUUUCUGCCGCCCAGCCGUUACUGGGGUCACGUAAAAGCCCUGUGGACUGUGGCCAUGCUGGUUGGCUGCUUCACGCUCUGCUGGUGCCCUUUCUUUGUGGUCAGUAUUGUGCAGGUUUCAUGUCCGAAAUGUAAACUUUAUCACUUUUUGGAGAACCAUCUCUGGCUGCUGGGACUCUCAAACUCCCUUAUCAAUCCGCUCGUAUAUGCCUGCUGGCAACAAGAGGUGAGGAAUCAGAUUUGUGAGAUCUUCGCUAAAGUUAGACUGUGUUGCAAAACACGCUCGGAAACGGCAGACAGAUGCCACAUAGACCAUAUAACCACCACUCAGACACAAUUUCAUGGCAAGACGCUGCCCAUCGAGUUAAACUACACAAUACCUUAAACAUCCGGAAAAAUAUUCCCAAUAGGGUAGAGCUCAUUGGAAACUGUAUGAGGUCUUUUAUGUCCCUUAAUGGAUUUGGAGCCCAGAGUAUCUCCACAUGAAAUAGAGCAGAUGGCUCUGUUUGCUCUUCUUUCUCCCUGCACUCAACACAUUCAAAAUAACCGAAGCACUUAGCCUAGUUCUUCUCCUAUUUGCACUUGUUUUUUUUACUAUCAGUUGUAAAAUACAAAACUGCAUUAGAUAAAACUCAUAUAUACUCUCAAUGUGCAUUAUCCAAUAUGUGCUUAAAGAUUUUAUCUGUAUAUCAACAGUAAGUCAUAGGUCUCAUUUAAUAAUAACUGCAUGCAACUCUUUUCAACACUGUGGAACUUUUAUGUAUAUAAAAAGUAAUUCAUAUUUUAUUAAUAAUAUUGUUUUGUAUUGGAGAUUUUUUGUGUGAUUAUGUGCAUAAACGGCUUCGGCAGCAACAACGUAAACAAUCGUUAUGUGGCCCAAACUUAACUUCCGGUAGACCUCUGCAAAGAAUCAAUAACUGUUUAGUAUUUUUUAUAGUAGUAAUAUACAAUAAAAUAUUAAUAUUAAUUAACAUUACUAUAAAUUAAAAAUGAAAUAAUUUAUUAUACCAUAACCAAACACAGACCGGAAGUUAACUAUGGGCCAGGCGCAUGCGUCCGGUCAAACCGUCUUUCCCACAGAUAUAAAUAACUAGAUGCCGCAUUCAAGUGCUCCAGGCACGUAGACGUGUCCUGCACUGCACAACCAUGGCUAUGAAAGAUGUACAUUUAGUCAUUUAGCAGACGCUUUUAUCCAAAGUGACUACAAAGAGUUCAGGGAGCAAUAAGCGAUAUGUCAUACAGGAGCAAUAAUACAGUAGGUGCUAAUACAAAGUUACUGGUUUCAACAAAAGCUAGACCACUACAUGUUGAGAAAAAGAGAGAGGGUUAUAAUAUUUUUUUUCAACUGUCUGUCAAGUAUUCACAGAAGGGAUGGAUUUUAAGUAGUUUUUUGAAUGUUGUGAGAGAUGUGGUUGACCGAACCGAGUUAGGAAGAUUGUUCCACCAGGAAGGAGUUGUGAAGGAGAAUGAGCGGGAAAGCGAUUUACUGCCCUUAUGAGAAGGCAAUACAAGACGCCGCUGGUUUGCUGAACGCAGGCUUCUUGAUGGGGUGUAGGAGUGUAGGAGUGUGUGAAAGUAUGCCGGUGCAGAUCCAGUGAUAGUCCUGUAGGCAAGCAUUAGUGACUUGAAUCUGAUACGGGCUUCAACCGGUAGCCAGUGGAGAGAGAUGAAAAGGGGCAUCACUUGAGCCCUUUUGGGCUGUUGGAAGACGAGGCGUGCUGCUGCGUUCUGAACCAGCUGGAGUGGUUUGAUAGCCUUUGCAUGAAGACCAGCAAGGAGAGCAUUGCAGUAGUCCAACCUUGAGAUUACCAGGGCCUGGACAAGGAGUUGUGCCGCAUGAAACCACAGGGAUUUAAAUUCCCGAAAAAUGGGAUAACCUUUCGUUGUUGUCAAGUGUUAGUGUAGCAUAUAUAAUGUUUGAGUUUAUACUGUACAACAAUAAAUAUGUUUUCAUAAUCAUACACAGUCACUUUGAUUUUGAGUGUUAACGGACCGGCUCGCACCUAUCCAAUAUGGAGGCUGACCUAUGUAUAGAGGGUAUGCAUUGACGUCACUUUCCCAUGUGCACAUGUCGGGACACUCCCUGGGACACGCUCCCCUGGGUGGCAAAACACCCAGCAAAUUGGCUGAGGAGAAUAGGAGAAACAAAGAAACCUGGACCUUGUAGGUAGUCAUUUUGGUGAGUGUUUUGCCACCCAGGAUGGCACGCUACGGCGUAGAGGGAUAUAGAGGGUAUGGACGUGUCGUCACCUUACCACGUGAACACCACGUGAGCACGCCGGAGCGCGCCCCCGUGGGUGGCAAAACACUCAGCCAAAUGACUGCUUACAAUAUCAGGAAACGCAAUUCCGUGCAACAUUUCAGUGUCCAGGAACACCUGAUUCCUUUGUAAGUCGCAGGGAAGUCAUAAGGAUCACCGUUGAGUCCAGCUGCUUGUAAUUUCAGCAAAUAAUUGCGUGUUUUAGUCCAGGGCCGUUGCUCAAUAUGCGUCCUUGUCUGUACUUGUGUCCUUGUGGACCCAAGUACUGUUCCAAAUCCAAGUUCACAUCUAGCCAAGUACAGUUCAAAUCCCCGGAUGUGUUCUUGCUCCGCCCCUUUUAUCGAGGUUGCAUAGCGAGGUGACUUGUGCGGUACGGGCCAUAACCCAGAAUUCAGUUCGCUCCAACUGACGUUCCGUAAUGGCGGAAGAGAGAACGCACAACUGUAAGUAAUACAUUUGAAAAUACUAUUCUUAUUAUGUCACGAAAUGUAGUUUUUUGAGGCGAGAAUAUAGUUGUUUAGUAGGGCUGUCGCGAUAAACCGACGAUAAAUAUCACGUGAUUUAUGCACAGCUUUUGAGUGAAGUACGGGAAAAUGCUGCUGCAUCCGAAAGCCAGAGGGCGCUCUUGUGCGGAAACUCCAAAUACGCACUGCAGAAGAAGACCAUAACACGUUCUAGAAUCUAGGAAAUGCCUAUGGACAUCUUUUUAUCACUGUUACUCAAGUCUCAUCAGGUAUUUUUAUGAUAAUAAAGUAUAUUUAUAAUGAUCAUGUUUGCUUUUUCAAAUGCACAUGAUAAGCGACUCAAACGCGCACUGCUUUUAGAUCGAGCAGCAUUUCCUGCUGAUCCCAGAGCCGUGCUUCACAGACAAGCUACGCAUUAAAAAAAUAUCGACACAUUGCAUAUCGCAGCCAGCUUGAUUUCAAUAGGAUUUGGUGGUAUCGCGAUAAAUUAUCGUGUAGACUUCAAAUCUGGUGUUGAAUUAUAAGGUUAGCCACUAUUUUCAAAUUUCUUCAGACGAUUUCGGAGGUGGGAGAUCCCGGGUAGUCGGCGCUUAUGUACCUGCCGAGGCCAGCCCUACCUCGGCAAGUGCUCCUGAAAUAUACUGCUGCCAAUAGCGUUGCUGUAGUGGUUCCAUUUUGAUUGAUUAAUUGAUUAUUUUACUUAUUUCACUUUCCUUUUUUUCUGUGUCUAAUUUUUCCUCGUAACGUCCAACACUUUCCCACCAACGUCUUUCCCGCUUUUUUUAUUUGAAUUGAAAACGAGAAGAGUCCGUUGUUAGAUAUUCAAUUUUAUUUCAAACGAAAUUAAUAUAAUCAGAGUAGGCAAAUAUUGCCUGAACCACAUAUUAAUAUUUAAUAGUUUUAAAAUACAAAAGAGGCAGCUGUAUAAUAUCAUAUUACACACGUUUUGCUAAUUACAUUAGUAAUUAGUGAAAUCAAUAUGUACAUAAAAAAAAGAUAUGCAAUGACGCCGAUUGAAGCAUGAGGUCAAGUAUGCUGCUGUUCCAUUUGUAAAAUAACUGGACUUGCGUCUUCGGGAGUUCAUUCUUCUGAGUCGAACUUGCCAAGUCCGAUCUUGGAAGGACGCAAGUCUGCCACCCAGGGGAGCGUGUCCCAGGCAUGUUCACGUGGGAAAGUGACGUCAAUGCAUACCCUCUAUAGCGGCCCAUAGAAACAGAUGCUAAGACAGCAUCUAGUUAUUUAUAUCUAUGGUCUAUACAUUUUUAUUUAUGCCAAUAAAACUUGAAUCUAAAUAUCAAAACAUGCCUAAAAUAUGUAUUAUUAUUGUGCUUAAGUUGUGAAAUCAU